AUGGAUCCAUUAACGAGGUACAAAAUGAAAUUAGAAAAAGAUAAAUAACAUUUGCAAGAGUAUGAAAGAAUUCAAAAGCAAAAAGAAUUAUAGAAUGAGAUGAAGUUGAAAUAAAAGAAUGAGAAGUAUAGCAAUAUUCAAAAGGAACAGGAAAGACAAAAGGAAAUAGCUAGACUCAAAGCUUAGUUACGAAGAAAUCAUUUCGAGAGAACCUUAUUUCAAAGUUAACAAAUAGAAAAAGAAAAGUUAAAUGGGUAUAAGAAAAAAAUAGAGAAGACCCUAGAUUGCUUGGAAAAGUAUGAGAAUGGAUACCACAAGGAGUUUAUGACCUCUUUGCACAGAAAACUGUCGAAUCAUUCUCAUCAGAUUGAGUGCGUAUAAUAAUAAAGUGAAGCGAUUUUGGAAAAUAAGAUUAAUAAAAUCAACCAAUCACUAGAACUAAGAUUCAAAAAAUCAGAGGAUGUUCUAUCGAACCUUUCCAAAUAAAAUAGCGAAAGAAAAAAGAGUGAAAAAUUGAAAGUUGAAACUUAUUAGCAGUUGGUUCAGAAACAUUAAGAGAAGUUGUAAUAGUUAAGGGAAUUUAAAGCUUAAUAAUUUGAUGACAAAUUGAAUAAAGUUGAAAAACUUCAGAAAUUAAAAGAAUAAUAAUAAAGAGAGAAAUAAUUAUUGAGAUUAGAAGCGGAUAAAUUAAAAGAGAAAAUGAGCAAAGAAUUUGAAUAGGAAUUAGCAGUAAAAAUAUAAAAUAGUAUUAUUUAGAAAAUGAAAUCGAAGUAAAUUAAACUAAUACAGAAUUGA